GAAGAAGAAGAAGAAGAAGAAGAAGAAGAAGAAGAAGAAGAAGAAGAAGUGGUAGUAGUAGUGGUAGUAGUAAAAGUAGUAGAAUUAAAGGUGGAGUAGUUGUGGUUGUCGCUGUUGUUUUCUGUGGGCACAGAUGGAGAGUGAUCAUCAGCAGCAGCCAAAACCUCACGUGUCGAUCCAGAAGGGAUUGGUCCUUCCUCCUCUGCGAAAGUGCAAGAGUUGCUGCUCGCCGGGCCAGUAUCAUUGUCCAUUUUGCUCCACCGCUUUUUUCAAACCCACAACGCUCUCCAGAGUUCGACUUCAUCUCGCCCAUCAUCUGAGGAGAGCCUUUUACGUUGGAGAGCACACGAUCCAUAGAUGCGGCCUGGUUUGCAGGAAACAGCAACAUUACCACUGUUUGUACUGCACAGCCACAGCGAUAUUGAGAAUAGAUAUCCUUAGUCAUCUGUCGCUGUGCCACAAUGCUCAACAGCAGAAAGCCCAACCCUUAGAGGAUGGCAAGACACAGGGAGAGCAAACGGAUGGACUAGGCGCUCCAUCGCUAACCCCUGGAGAGACCCCUUCAUAUUACAUAGACAGCGGCGAUGACAGUGACAACAUCGCCAUCGUCCCAGAGUCGGACAGAAGCCAAGGAGCGGGCAGCAGCCAGCUAGUGUCUCCCGUCAUCCCCAAGCCCAGCCAAUGUGACACUGUGGGGCAAACGAACAGAACUACGGCGCCAGACUCUUCUAAAUGUCACCAAAGUGUCCAGACAAACAUAGAAAAACCACAAGACUGUGAUGAAUUCUACUUCAUGAACCUUGUGAAACUGUUCAAAAAGCUGUCCCUCAAGAAAAAGGCAGAUGUCAGGAUGAAAAUUGAGAGACUUCUCUUUGAAGCUGAGUUUGACUAGAAAAGGGUUUAUACACUCUAGAAACAUUUUGUGUGUAAUGUUUUAUUGGAAAGCAGGGAUUUACAACAUGGCAUAAUUUCCUGUCAUGUGUAUUUUAAAUCUUAUGGAUCAAAACAAGUGUCAUACUUGCAGACCAUUAGCAUCCCCCCCAAAAAAUCCAAAAGGACUCUCAAAUGUGUCUGCAAUUUGUUUGCAACAGUAAUUUGUAAAAUGUAAUGAUUAUGAUUUGCCAGUAUUCAGUGCUCACAAUUCAACUUUGUGAAAUGGGCUCCUGGUUAGUUACAAAUAUAGAGAUGUCAGAGUACACUGAUCAAACUACAAGAAACAAGGAUGAAAAGGUUUGACUGGACCCUCAAACAACUACCUCUGGAUUUUGGGAAUAUUCUUUAUUCCAGUGUGCUGCUACUGUCCCCUUUUCCCAUACUCAAAAUAGUACCAUUUUUUUAUUGGAGCAUUAUUUUGUGUAGUUAUAGAUGUGCAUGUUGUGUAUAAAAGUUACUGUACCUUGAUACAAGACAUAUGAAUGUACUGGAUAAAGAGACUGCUCAGCCAACUACAGCUGCAGAAAUGGUCUCCGAUCGAGACACUACCAAUACCAAUACUUUUGCCAGUGUGUCUUAAAUAGACAACAUAAUUCAAGCUCCUGUCUGUUAAUCCAAUGUUGUAAAUUGUUUUUUAAUGUAAUUAAAGUGCCUGUAUUUUCUAUCCUUCAA